UCACAUUCGCGCGGCCAUCCAUGUUAUUACGAAUGAGCGCCCUCUUCUCGAUCACUAUCUCGUACACAAUAUUUUAGAUCGUCGUAGUAUUAUUUUCUUGUGUGUUCGUAUCAGUGUAACACGUGCGGGCAGUCGACUUAAGACCCGCAUAUUAUCAUCAUGCAUGCCGCCGCUGCGUCUCCGAUGGACCCAACCAAGCUUCUGCUGACGGCGUUUGCCGCCGCAGUGAUGCUGCAGGCGGUCCACGGAGGGAUCAUCGGGCUCAUCCAGAACAACGUGCUGGGCGCGGCCGACUUCCACAGGCAACAGUCGUGGCCGUUCGACCCGAACGUGAGCGGCCGCCGGGCGCACGAGUUCAUCGCGCUGCACGGCGACAAGUCUGAGAGGCUGAUCGAGCGAAUCGGCCUGGGCGUGGACGGCAGACAGGAGGAGCGCCGCGAACAGCAGGCGAUCAGGGACAUCCUGUACGAACAGCAGCAGCAGCGGAACAGCGCGCCCGCGUCCGGUUACUUGCAGUACGGCGGGUCGCAGCGACCGUCGUCCCGUCAGCCGGUGCAGCCGCUGCAGGCGUAUCCGACCGGAUACGCGCGACGGCGGUGAGCGCGGUGGCGCACCGACGAGGUGUUUUCCCCGUGAUGUCCGUCGACGGCGCGUCAUCGAUCUUCCGGUAAUAAUUUCAUGUUAUUGCGUCGGCGAACGUCGGCUGUGCAGCUGCAUUUUGCAUCGGCCAUUUCGGCGGGGCCCGUACGGCGCAAUCCGCGUUCGCGCGUACGUUUAAUAAUACGAUAUGUACAUAUAUAUAUACACCUGCGAAUGUUCGUGAUGCACAUAAACGCAUUCAUAGUAUAAUGUGAAUUGAAUGCGGUAGUAAUAAUAUGUAUAGUCCGUAUAAAUAUAAAUAGAAAACACUUUAUAAAAAAUGUAUACUUGCUUAUAAA